AUGCAAAGGAUACACCUCCCAUUGGCACUACUGUAUGUAUCUCUUAUGGCAGCUGAGUGCAUACGUCUUCCUAUAAGCGAUGAAUCCAUUGAGAAAAUCAUAGACAGCAUACUAAACCUUGCCCAAACUACUCUUGUCCRCAUUAAACAAAAGGAAAAGUGGCAGGUGCUUUCACAGAUAGAAGUGACGUCCCCGCCCAUCAACGGACUGACAACUAUCAGCAAAGACCUGGGACAUUUGGACCACAAGCUCCAGAACCCGUCCGCCGAGCUCUGGAGCCAGAUCCAGGCGGACGUGUCCAGCUUGGAAGGACAAGUGCGCUCGCUCGCCCUGAUGAKGGACUGUCCCGUUCAGGACAAACCCAGCGCAGAGGCCAGGGAGCAUCYGUUUCCAGUCAGUCAACAUUACGAGACGCUGGCGAAGUUGCAGCAGUACCUAGAGAACCUCCACCUGAACAAGGACAAACUGAAGGUCUGCUGA